UAGUUCUCAUGAUGAUCCAUAUUAUCGCACAAGUUGAUCAUCUCUGCAAUCAACAUGAAGACUGCUUCAUCAUCUCCUGACUCAACAGUCCGCGGCGAUAUUUAUGAAGCUAUAUGGUGUCAAAUCCGCUUUCUUCUUCUAAUAUAUUUCUCUCCUCCCAAGCACUCUUACCCAUCCAUCGGAUCUUAUAUCAUCUUCACCCCACUUCUACAACGAUUUAUAAACCGCCUCACAAACAGGAGCAAAUCAAUCAGUCCUAAUCAGCUAUGAACACAGACACGCCAUCUUCUGCUCCCCCAAGCAGUCGUCACCCUCCUCCCUCUCUACUACCAGCUUCAAACCCGCCAACAACUCCCCCAACGCCCUCAACACCCGUUGUUAAUUAUUCACGACCUCUUGUUGAUCCUUCUUCACUCUCCAGUAACAACAGCAAACGACGACCAUCACGCGAGGAGAAAGGGAAGGACAAGGACAAGGAAAUCGUGGCGGGCGAAGCAGGCGAAGAAGGACAGGAAGGACAGGAAGACACAGAAGAAACCGAGAAGCAACCACCACAGCCACAGCUGCAGCAAGCUCAGCAGCAGAGAGAUGAAAAUGUUGGUUAUGAGCAGGACGUAGAGGAAGACGAAGAAGACGAAGAAGAUGACAAAGACGAGUACACCGAACUCUUCCAGGUCCUGGCUAACAUGGCGAGAAUGAAAGCUUUUGACGACGAACGGAGGAUGAACAGUGAGGAGGAGGGGGGUGGUGCAUUGGGUGGUGGUUUGGGAAAAGCAGGUUGGUAUAUUCAUGGAGUUCGGUAUUUGGGUAUGAGGGGGGAGUUUUUGUUGGAGAGUAUUGGUGAGGAUGGGGAUCGGGAUCGGGAUCGGGAUGGCGAGGAUGGGGAUGGCGAGGAUGGGGGGAGUGAGGGAGGAGAGAGUGAGGGUCAUGGGGGCAAACAGGAAGAGCAGAAAGAUGUGGGGGAGAAGGAAAAGGAGGAGUACCAAGAGGAAGAAGAGGAAGAGGAUUACAUUAUUGUCACAGCCCCAGGGGAGGAAACCGAUUCUUCUGAUGAUGAGAGUUGGUGCUUUAUUGAAGAUAGUGACGAAGAGGAGGACAACAAGAAGGGCGACAAGAACAGAGAUGUUGGCAACGAGGGUAACGCAGACAACAAGGACAACAACAACAACAACAGUACCUCCAAGGACGAAAACGAUAAUGGUGAUGACGACGACCAAGAUAACGACGAGUGGCACGACUGUUGUCAUCAUUGUCAUCAUCAUUGCCAAUCGUUCCUCCGCAGCAUCGCCGUCACCCAAACCACCACCUCGACUACUACCAACCCGCAUCAACAACAAGCACAAGCACAACCAGAAGAAGAACAAGACGAAGAAAUCCCCCCCCUCAUCUCCCCACCCUCACCCCUCGAAAUCUUUCAAUCCUCCCCCACAUCCUUCACCAUCCAACUCGCCAUCCCCGGCGCCAAGCGGAGAGACAUCAGCGUCGCCUACGACCCCAACACGAACAUCUUGACGCUCAGUGGGGUUUUGUAUCGGAGUGUUCAUCCUGGUUUGGACUCGGAUUCAUCUACUUCUUCUUCCGAUUCUUCUUCUUCUGAUUCUUCUUCUUCUUCCGAUCAUUCUGGUGCAUCUGAUACUGAAAGCGAGAGCGAGAGCGAAAGAAGAAAGAAAAUAGGUGGAAAGGGUAGUAGUAAUGGUGGUUUGAAUCCUCCAACUUUUACAUAUCAGGAGGGGUCUGAAGCUAACAACUUGGACGCCGAGUUGAAGUUGUGGUUGAAUUAUGAAUUGGAGUCGACGAGAUUGGGUUUAGUAGGGUCUGGUUUGUUGUCUGGAGGAGGGGAAAAGGAGGACGACGACGACGAGGAUGGUGGUGGUGGCUACACGACGAUUGGCACUACUGACACUGGCAGAAAUAACUACCAGUCCCAGUCCCGGUCCCAGUCCCAGUCCCAGUCCCAGUCCCAGUCUCAGAACCGGACCACCACAGCAGCAGCAGAAAGAAUCCCCAUCGGAAGGUUCUCAAGGGAAAUCAACUUCGUUACCUACUCGCCCAUGCCUACACCGUCAUCUACAUCCGGAGACCAGCAGCAGCAGCAGCAGUACGGUGGAGUGGAUCACGAGCGGAUCAAGGCGAGGUUGGAGGAUGGGGUUUUGACUGUUGUUGUCCCGUUGGUUGUUGAGGGGGAAUCGGAGAGCGAGAGGACGGGAAGGGAGGAGGAAUAAAGUGCGUGAGUGAGCUGGUGUGGUUUCGGUGUUGGUGAGUGUGGUUUUUAGAAAACUGGAGAAUGGGGAUAGCGAUGGUAGUUACCUAGGAGGGAAGGAC